AUGAGUUUCUUCAAAGCUUUCAGGUCUCAAAAUUCUAGCAACUAUUCUCCUCUUUCGCAGCAGGAUGGUUCUUCCCUUCCUCCUCCAGUCACUCAGCCUUCAAGUAACUCAUUCAGUGCACGUCUUCUGAAACUCAAUCCCUUCAGAGGCGACUCGGUAUACCUUGAAGAUGACGAGAACUAUGUCACAUCUGAGCCCGGUUACUUCGAACUAUCUAAAUGGGACAGAAUGCUUAUAUUUGCUCUUACAUUUGCUGGUUCUGUAUGCUGUUAUUUGAUUUGUAUUUUCUUAUUUCCAGUGUUGACGUUGAAGCCUCGUAAAUUUGCCAUUUUAUGGUCUCUAGGAUCGAUAUUCUUCAUCGUGAGUUUUGGGGUUCUUCAGGGAUUCAAACCUUAUAUGGAACACUUAUUUCUGUCUACAAGAAUUCCGUUCACCAUAGCAUUUGUCACUAGUAUCGUAAUGACUUUGGUAAGUGCAUUGAAAUUGAAGAGCAUUAUUCUCUCCCUCAUAUUCUCGGUCAUUCAGUUGAUAGCUGCGAUAUGGUACACCGUGAGUUACUUUCCCAUGGGUAGACAGACUUUGAAUCUUGCUGGAACGGUAGCUAGGAGCCAGGUAGACACUUGGAUAAACUCUUAG